AUGUCGCUGACCGAUACACCCUAUUCCACCGAACAUCACCCACCAUCCGCCACAGUACUGGCCCUUCUGCCUCACCCAAGCGACGAAGCCCCACCUCCAAUAUGUCCGAUAUCACCUGCACCACCAUCCGGACUCGUCUCACGACUCUUUGCACGAUUUGGCAACAAUAAUUUCGCGAUCCAUUCCCACCUCGUUACAAUUGGCCAUGGCGUUUUCCCUUUUGCUAGCCGAUUAUUCAACCACUCUUGCAUUCCAAAUGCUGCCGCAAAAUAUCGUCUUUCACCGGGGCAGUCGGUAAUUAUGGAAGUUGUAGCGCUCCGUGACAUCCUUCCAGGCGAAGAGAUUUGCAUUCCCUAUCUCGACCCUGCUCUGCUCCAGACGCGAGACAACAUCCUGCAAAUUAGCUAUGGGUUCAAAUGCAAAUGUCUAUCAUGUCAAUUCAUCGACAGAAUCCAACCUCUCCCAAAAAUCCCUGAGACUGUGAACGAAUUUGGGACAUUAGCGAAGCAGCUGUGCGAGUUUGUUGGAAUUGGCUCCGAGGUUGGUUCGAUUUUGCCCAGCAAGCCGAUGGACGGCACCCCACCGCCGCUGCGAUGUGUCUUCCGAGAAGAAUACAUGACUCGUCUUUCGGACUCUUGUAGCAAGAGUGCACAUGAGGGUCAGUAUCCCCUCGCCCUCGAGAGUGGCUUGACUUUGUUGGCACUUUACAUACUCGUUUAUCCUCAAAACUAUCCGCAAAUCGGGGUCCACCUGUUGGAAAUGGCGAAAACUGCUUGGAAUGCGAUGGUGUCUUCACCACAUGAUUCCAGAGAUGAGAAGUUGGAAGAGCAUAUGCGAGCUCUCCUUCUCUUUGCCCGCCGGGUUUUGAUGGUCUUCGGUCCAGAGGGCGACGAGGUUGGCCCACUACAAGAGAUCGAAGUGCUAGAAGAAAUGCUUCGGAACGAGCAAUAG